AUGGCGACAUACGACGGAGCAAGGAACCCAAGAGAGCAUAUUCUCAACUACAAGACAUUCAUGGAGCUACAAACUCUAUCGGAUGCCUUGACCCGGUUCAUAGUAGGAGUACCGACUGAGAGAAAGACUAGUUACUUGGAGACAGUCAGACAGAGGAAGAAUGAGUCCCUAAGGGAGUAUGUCGCCCGUUUUAACACGGAAGCCCUGCAGAUCCUGGAGCUGGAUGAAAGCCGGGCUGUAGAGGCUAUACAGAAGGGGACCACAUCCCCUGAGUUCUUUGGCUCACUGUGUAGAAAACCACCCACCUCCCUAGUUGAACUAAUGAAGAGAGCGGAGAAGUAUAUAAGGCAAGAUGACGCCUUGACAACCAGCAGGUUUGCCAGGGAGGCUGCAGACAGAGGGAAAGCCCUAGAAGAGAGGAGGUCGGAGAGACCAGAGAGAAGGCAAAAUAAAGGCCCAGAGGCGUACAGGCAGCCCUGGGGUAGGAGAGAACAAAGGCCGUACCCACCCCGGGUUCCUGAAACAAUAACCCCCCUCAAUGCCUCCAGAGCCAAAGUGCUUAUGGUCGUCCAAGACAAAAAGUUCCUCCAGUGGCCCAAGCCCAUGAAAGCAGAUGCGAGCAGUAGGGACCCUGACAAGUAUUGCCAGUACCACCGCACUCACGGCCACGACACCAACAACUACUACUAG